GGUAUAGAUAGAGGAGCUGAGCUUAGUAUGCUACUCGCGCUUACCUUGGCUGAAUUCCCUGCUCUUUCGUAAUGUGACGCAGCGGUUAGCCAUACUUCGCUCUUUGCUGGCCAUCCCAUCCUCGGCUCCUACCUGAUAAGCUCUAACCCAUACGCCUAUUCUAACUAAAAAUGCUCUCGGAAGAAGUUCUGGGCCACCUGGAGAAUGGAUGGUGUAGGCAAAUCUUUGGCUAGCCAACCUGCGUCUGACCAUGCGCGAACUAUUUUGCACCUGUUUUGGGUUGUCUCGGCCCAAAAUACCUGAGGAGUAUCUUCGCCCUCAGGGCCUUUAUUCGCUUGAGCGCGUCGACUUAAAGAAGCUCAGGCGCCUCAUACGCAACCAACAGUUGGCACCGUGUCAUCCAGGCGUGGAAGAGUCGGGUCCGGGACAAGACCUGGAGGAAUGUCCAAUUUGCUUUCUGUACUAUCCGGUGUUGAACAGCUCUUUGUGUUGCCAAAAGCGCGUCUGCACGGAGUGCUUCUUACAGGUGCAAACGAGCACGCCCCCACAUCAGUUAAGCGUGUGCCCUUUCUGCAAGGUAACACGACCAACCGGCUACCUUGUCAAGCUCAUCGGAGUCAGGACUGUGGAGGAAAGGGAGCAGGAGCGAGCAGAAGAACAGAAAGUCAUUGAAGCGAGGAUCCGCGAACGCGAGGAGGAAAUCCGUCGCGAUCAGGAGCGCGCCUUACAGCGUCAGCAACAGCAGCAACAACAGUCGGCUACUGCAGCCGCCGCAGCUGCAGCCGCCAACACACUCACUCGCACACCUCCCCGAACCGCCGCCUCAGGAGGCAACACUGCGCCCACCUCGGCCUCAGCAUCCCCAGCCGCAGCCGCUGCUGCUGCUGCUGCUGGGUCCCCUACAUCCGCAACCGCUGCAGCUACUGCCAGCGCUCGCCGGCGCCGCAGCAGCACGGACCCCGUUCCUGGUGCUGGCGGCGCAGACCCCCUUGGAAUCUUGCUGCUACACCAGCAACAGCAGCAACAGCAACAGCACUACCAUCAGCAUGUAACCCACCAUUCCAGCCAUUACCGCUCACAGGGCGGACCCACAGCAACGUCAGCGGCGGCGGUGGCGAUUGGCGGUACGGCAUCCCCGUCAGCCGCUGCCGGCGCCGCCGCCGCCGGAGGUGCCGCCGGUCAUGUAGGGGACCACCGGGGCGGUGGGAUGUACACGGCGGCGCAGCGCCGCAGUACGACAGCCACUGCAGCAGCAGCGGCGGCAGCGGCCGGUGGCGGAGUGCAUGCGGCUGGGGGCGAAGGCGACGGGGAUGGAGGCGAGCAGCAGCAUGAGCAUGCGAUGAUGCGGCCAGGUGGUGGGGGCGGAGCUGGGGCCGGUCACUACCCCCACCGGCGGCGGCAGGUAGGGCUGGUGGAAUAGGCGGAGCGCCGGGAGCCGGAGGUACCGUCUGACGGACUACAUACCUGCGGGGGUGGUGGACAUCGCCCUGGGGCUGGACGACAUUAACGACCUCAUGUUGGAGCAAGCCAUGUACGAAUCCCUGGCCGCCGCAGCAUCAUCUCCACCUUCUACACCGCCGCCACCGCUGCUGGAGCAGCAGCAGCAGCCGCUAUCACCUUCCCCACUUCCGCCAGCUGCGGCCACUGCUGCUGCGAGCGUCGUACAUUCAACCGCAUCAGCUGCUGCAGCCACUGCUGCUGUUAGGGCCGUUAGAGCUGCCAGGGCAUCACCCGCUGUAAGGGCUGCUGCCGCUGCCGCUGCUGCUGCCGCUGCCGCCGCGGCUACUGCCGCCACAGAUGAUGGCGGCGAUCGCCGUACAGAUGGGGAUGUAGAAUAUGAGGCGGCGCUGGCGGCGGCAGUAGCAGCCAGCCUUCAAAGCACCGGUGGCGCUAGCCCUGCGGGUGCUGCCAGGAUUGCUAGUAGAGCUACUGCCGCCGCUACUGCUGCUUCAGCCGCUUCUGCUGCUUCAGCCGCAUCAAGAGUGGGCGGCGGCAGUCCCUUGGGACCUUCGCGGCGCAGCGCUGUGGCUGUCAGGAGGCGCGAGCCGCCUGCUGCCGCGAGCGCUCAGGCCACGACGAUAGCGACCAGGCCAGCAUCCGCAUCCGCAUCAGCAUCACGCACGACAGCAGCAGCGCCCGCAGCAUCGCCCACAACAACAGCUGCGGAAGCCGUGUCUGGGCUGCCUGUGACGAACCCACCAGGAGGAGGAAACAGCGGCAGCGCUCCGACCACAGCAAUCACAACGUUGACAGCCGCACCGGCAGCAGCGGCACCAUCAUCAUCGUCACCAGCAGCAGCGGCAAGAACCGCAAUAGCGAGUGGCGCAGCUGCUGCCGCCACGGCUGCCGCUUCAGAAGAUGCGCCCAUGCAGCCUCGGCCGCUACAAGUGCCGCGGCCAACACCACCGUCGUCGCCGCCUUCGCAGGCCCUGACGGCGGAGGACUCCCCUUCCCGGGCUGCUGCCACUGCUGCCGCAGUCGUACAACCGGCGGUGUCUGCGGCCUCCGCGGCGGCGGCAUCAGCAGCCGCUGGAGGGUCACGCGGGAGCUUGAGCACAGUGGGGAAGGCGGCUGCGUAUGGCGAUGAUGAUGAUGAGGAGGGGUCACGUCUGUUUAGCAGGCGAGCAGGGACGGGACCACUUGCGACGGCGCCGCACCACUCACUAGCGUCAUCGUCAUCCCCGGUCGCAGUGCCGCCUUGCGCCCCCGCCGCCGCCGUUGGCGAUAAUGACGACGGCGGAAGUGGAGCUGCCGUUGGUCCUGACGCUGGCCGGCUAUCGGAGGCCCCCGAUGGCCAGCUGUCGCCUUGCAUGGUGAGCCCAGUCGCCGCCACUGCCACCGCCUCCAACGGAUUGGAAGGCGCGGGCGAGGCGGCGCCAGUGACGGGUGUAGCGACGUCGGGAGCGCACACGCCGCGGGAGCAGCAGGAAUGGGAGCCUGCCGUACGUUUGUCGGCGUCGGCGGCUCCGAAGUCUUCAUUUGCGAUGAUGGCGGGCGCUGGAGCGACGGUUGCGGCGUUGGCUGAGUUCGUUGUGGAAGCCGUUAACGGCGCCGGCGACGGAAGCGAUGGCGGCGGCGGUGGCACCGGCGGUGCUGCCGCCGCGACGACGGCUGCGACCAGCUCCCGUAGCGCCUUCACUCCCGGGUCGCUUUCGCCGGUGCCCUCCGGCGGGGGCGCCGUCGCCGCCGGCGGCGCUUCGGAGCUGCUGUCGUGCGGUACCACCACGUCAGCUCAUGCAUGUGAGCAGCACAUGACUAAUCCGUUGUACGACGUCUGGUCAAACAGCAGUAGUACGACAGUGAAGCGAUCUAGCGUUGAAAUGCAAGGCCACGCUGUAGCAGCGGGGGGAUAACUGGCGCUAGCGGCUGUGAGUGUGAUGAUGCUGACGGCGACGCGGGUACGGAAAGACAUACUACUGUGACCUCGGAGCCUUGUCGUACAGUCGACGAAGGGGCUGUUGCGGCGGAGGCCAGUCAUGAUCUCGGGAAGCCCACCGCCCGCCCUUCGGGACCCAACUGGCGCAUGCCGCUCCGGCCGGCGCCGCCGCCGCCGGUCCUGCAAAUCCCCUCCGUCAGCAGCGCCGCUGCGACGCCGGCGUCGACGUCAUUCACGGCGUCGGCGUCACAUCCGGCUUCCUUGAUGUGCUCUCCAGGCGGCCCGUUUGGCAGUGUGGUAGCGACACCGAGCCCUCGCCUGGGACUUCCACCCCUGCCGGCGUUUGCCCUACAGUCGCUGCCGCCGGUGCCCGCGUCAUCCGAGGCCCCGGCUUCCGCCGCUAGUACGGCGAUGUUGCAGCCAGCAGCAACGGCGGCAGCGCCCGCUGCCCAAGACAACGAGUUCGCAGUGACACCAACUGACGGCGCCGCGACGGCGGCAGCUGCCGCAGCGGCGCCGCCACCCACAGCCGCCGGAGGUGCGACGACGACCGUUACGAUUAGGUCGUUGGCAGCCGAGUUGUUACGCCACAACAGCGGCUCAAGUGCGGCAGGCCGGCUUGCGACCCACGGGUCUUCUUCGUCGUCGGCUUCUUUGGGCGGUGGCAAUGGCGGACAAAGAUCCUCGUCAAGCGAGGCGGCAGUGUCUACUGAGCAAAUUGUUGUUGUCGCCAUGGUUUUCCAGGCUCCGGAGCGACCCAUGGGUCCUGCGCUUGUGGAGAAUCCUGAUGGCAGCCUUCAAGUGCUGCUAGUGCCGCAACAGCCACCGACGUCAACCGUUACCGUUGGCGCUGUCGCUACGACGGCGAGUGUCGUUGCCGCUGCAACGGCCGUAUCCGUAGCAGGAACAUCUGGGAGCUUGUCCUCUUCCGCCUUGGCUAUCGAUGACGCUGUGAUGUCGAAUCUGCCGUACUAUGACUACAGUUUGGACGAGCAACCGCAACUACAGCAGGCCUCGGUUGAGCCCGUAGCCGUACACAUUUCUGAGGCAGCUCAGCAGCAACAGCACCCGUCGCUUAGCAGCCCGCCCGCAUCAUCCCAAUCGUCGCUGCCGUGUAGUACAGCAACAGCAAUGUACGACAGAAAUCUUAUACGGCAUUGCAAUAAUUCCGACGCGGCAUUGGUUGCAGCGCUGGCAGCGCACGAUGCGGCCGUGGCAGCGGCGGUGGAGCGCGGGGAUGUGGAGUUACGUCGUGUGUGCGGCGGCGGUGGCGGCGGUGGCGGUGGUGGCGGCUGCGCUUAAGGUGGCUGGGAGACGGUAUCCUGAGGAAUGCUUGGCAUGGAAGUAGAUGGUAGAUGGUUCGCGUGUUGCAGGGCAGUUGUUUUGAGGUGCAGGAUGGUUUGCGAAGGGAGUGCAGGUAGUGCGGCUUGCUGGCAUCCUCGUGGGACGAUCUCUGGUUCUGGUUGUGAGGGUGGUGAGGGUGGUGCGGGUGGUGCGGGUAGUGAGGGUGGCCACACCGGCAGCAGCGGCAGCGUGGG